UUCUCCUCCGCCUGCCCCCUUCCCCCGCCACCGCCGCCGCCUCCUCCUCUCGCCGGCGGUCGCCCCUCCUCCUCCUGCUCCCGGGCGCUGGUCCCUCCUCUCCCGAUGCCGCGAGAGACCGGGGGAUACGGUGGAGCCGGGGGAACCGGAGAAGAGCACUAGUAACAACCACCACAGCCCCUUCCCCGCCUGACACCCUCCCUCGGCACCCACCCACUCCCCCGCCCCGUUUGCCAACACCGACCAACCCCACCUCUCGUUCCUUUGAACGGCGUCGGCUGCAGUCGCUGCACCAGCCCGUCUGGCCACCAACGCCGCCAAGAAAGGAGCCGCCGCCGCCGCCUGCGGCCCCCUCCCGCCCGGCCGCGGGAGCAGCGGGGUGAGGUCGAGCCGGCUGCGGAGGAAGAGGACGAGAGAGGGUCGCACCCUCUGCUCUAGCUCACGUCCCGCCGCCCUCCGGGGAGGCUCGGGCGCCAGCCCCUUCCUCCCCGAGGACGUGUGCCGAGCCGAGGCGCCUGCCCUGAGGGAGGAAAAUGCUCGGGUUCCAUGGCUGCCAGUGAUGGAGCGGUCCCUGGGCUCCCGCUGCCACCGCCGCCGCCGCGCCCCGGCCGUGCUCCGCGAGGACCCGGCGUCUCUGCGCGCCCGCCCGCGCCUCGUUGCUGGGCUCACCGUACCGGGCGCCCCGCCGCCGCCCCGCUCGCAGCCGCGCCGCUCCGGCCCCAGCCGCGGCCAGCGUUUCCUCACGGAGCAGCCGCCGCGAGCCCAGGGGCUCGCCCUCGAAGGCAGGAACGGCCGGCGCCUUCGGCUGAGGAGGAGGAGAAGGAGGAAUCGCGCCGGGCGGAGCGUCAGGUCCGGCUUUCCUCUCCGGCGUCUCGAAUACAAAGAUUACGGUGCAGAAGGAAAUUGCACUCGCCUCCUCCGCCCCCCGGUACCUAACACAAUGCACCAGCCGCCUGAGUCCGCCGCCGCCGCCGCGGCCGCCGCAGACAUUAGUGCUAGGAAGAUGGCGCACCCGGCAAUGCUCCCUCGAAGGGGCAGCGGUAGUGGCAGCGCCUCUGCUCUCAGUGCAGCAGGUACCGGCGUUGGUAGUAAUGCCACAUCUUCCGAGGAUUUUCCGCCUCCGUCGCUGCUCCAGCCACCGCCUCCUGCAGCAUCUUCUACGUCGGGACCACAGCCUCCGCCUCCACAAAGCCUGAACCUCCUUUCGCAGGCUCAGCUGCAGGCACAGCCUCUUGCACCAGGCGGAACUCAAAUGAAAAAGAAAAGUGGCUUCCAAAUAACUAGCGUUACUCCAGCUCAGAUCUCCGCCAGUAUCAGCUCUAACAACAGUAUAGCAGAAGACACGGAGAGUUAUGAUGAUCUGGAUGAAUCUCAUACGGAAGAUCUGUCUUCUUCUGAGAUCCUUGAUGUGUCACUUUCCAGGGCUACUGACUUAGGGGAGCCUGAACGCAGCUCCUCAGAAGAGACUCUGAAUAACUUCCAGGAAGCCGAGACACCUGGGGCAGUCUCUCCCAACCAGCCCCAUCUUCCUCAGUCUCAUUUGCCUCACCUUCCACAACAGAACGUUGUGAUCAAUGGGAAUGCUCAUCCACACCACCUCCAUCACCAUCAUCACAUUCAUCAUGGGCACCACCUCCAACAUGGGCACCACCAUCCAUCUCAUGCUGCUGUGGCCAGUGCAUCCAUUCCUGGAGGGCCACCCUCAAGCCCAGUAUCCAGAAAACUCUCUACAACUGGAAGCUCUGACAGUGUUUUGCCAGUUGCACCAACUUCUGCUGUAUCAUCCAGUGGCUCACCUGCAUCUGUAAUCCGUGCUCCAAGUACUAUAGGCGGUAUAGGUAUAAAUUCUGUUACUGGCACUAAUACAAUGAAUAAUGUUAACAUUACUGCUGUGGGUAGUUUUAAUCCUAACGUGACAAGCACUGUACUUGGCAAUGCUAAUAUAAGUACAAGCAAUAUUCCUAGUGCUGCUAGUGUGAGUGUUGGGCCUGGAGUUACCAGUGGUGGUAAUGUGAAUAUCUUGAGUGGCAUGGGCAAUGGUACUACUUCCUCCACUGUUGUUAACAGUGUCCCUAAUGCAGCUACGGGGAUGACUGUGGGAUCUGUUUCCAGUCAGCAGCAACAGCCAACAGUUAACACAUCAAGGUUCAGAGUUGUGAAGUUAGAUUCUAGUUCUGAGCCCUUUAAGAAAGGUAGAUGGACUUGCACUGAGUUCUAUGAAAAAGAAAAUGCUGUACCUGCUACAGAAGGUGUGGUGGUAAAUAAAGUGGUAGAGACUGUAAAACAAAACCCGGUAGAAGUGACUUCAGAGAGGGAGAGCACUAGUGGGAGUUCAGUAAGCAGUAGUGUCAGCACACUGAGUCACUACACCGAGAGUGUGGGAAGUGGAGAGAUGGGAGCCCCUGCUGUGGUGGUGCAGCAGCAGCAGCAACCAGCUCUUCAAGGUGUGACCCUCCAGCAGAUGGAUUUCGGUAGCACUGGUCCACAGAGUGUUCCAGCAGUUAGUAUACCACAGAGCAUUUCUCAGUCACAGAUUUCACAAGUACAGUUACAGUCUCAAGAACUGAGCUAUCAGCAAAAGCAAGGUCUUCAACCAGUACCUCUGCAAGCCACCAUCAGCGCUGCAACUGGUAUCCAGCCAUCACCUGUAAAUGUGGUUGGUGUCACUUCAGCUUUAGGUCAGCAGCCUUCCAUCUCCAGUGUGGCUCAACCCCAACUGCCAUACUCUCAGACGGCUCCUCCAGUGCAAACUCCCCUUCCCGGGGCACCAUCCCAACAGUUACAGUAUGGACAGCCACAACCGGUGGUAUCUACACAGAUGGCCCCAGGCCAUGGUAAAUCCGUGACUCAAAAUCCUACUUCAGAGUAUGUACAACAGCAGCCAAUUCUUCAAACAGUAAUGUCCUCUGGACAGCCCAGUUCUGCAGGAGUGGGAGCAGGAGCAACAGUGAUUCCUGUGGCUCAGCCACAGGGUAUCCAGCUGCCGGUGCAGCCCAUAGCAGUCCCAGCACAACCUGCAGGGGCAUCUGGCCAGCCUGUUGGCCAGGCUCAGACAGCAGUGUCUGCUGUACCUACUGGCAGUCAAAUUGCAAAUAUUGGUCAGCAAGCAAACAUACUGACUGCAGUGCAGCAGCCCUCUACCCAAGUUCCACCUUCAGUUGUUCAGCAAGGUGCUCCUCCAUCUUCACAAGUAGCUCCACCUGCUCAAACUGGGAUCAUUCAUCAGGGAGUUCAAACUAGCGCUUCAAGCCUUCCUCAACAAUUGGUUAUUGCACCCCAAAGUACCUUGUUAACUGUGCCUCCCCAGCCACAAGGAGUAGAGCCAGUACCUCAAGGAGUUGUUUCACAGCAGUUGCCAGCAGUUAGUCCUUUGCCCUCUGCUAGUAGUAUUUCUGUUACAAGUCAGGUUAGUUCAACUGGUCCUUCUGGAAUGCCUUCUGCCUCAACAAACUUGGUUCCACCACAGAAUAUAGCACAGACCACUGCUAUCCAAAAUGGUAGUUUGGUUCAAAGUAUUAGUCAACCUCCCUUGAUAGCAAGUAAUAUAAAUUUGCCUUUGGCACAGCAGAUACCACUAAGUUCUGCUCAGUUCUCUGCACAAUCAUUAGCUCAGGCAAUUGGAAGCCAAAUUGAAGAUGCCAGGCGCCCAGUGGAGCCCUCCUUAGUUUGCUUACCUCAGACUAUCAGUGGUGACAGUGGGGGAAUGUCAGCAGUUUCAGAUGGGAGUAGCAGCAGCCUAGCAGCCUCUGCUUCUCUUUUCCCGUUGAAGGUGCUACCGCUGACGACACCCCUGGUGGAUGGCGAGGAUGAGAGUGCUUCUCUCCUACCAGAGGUGCAAGGAGUGAUCCUAGAACCACAGAUACAGCCAAGACCACGGAGAGCUUUUGACGUCAGGGGUCCACUUUCUCCACUGAACCCUUGGAGGCAGAAUAUCCAGCUUCUGGAGAGAGUGGGAAAGGAUAAUAAACAAGUGGGUGCUUUCCAUUAUUUACUUGGUUUAUUUAUAGAUUGGAGUGUCCUUCCAUUGCCCAUUUAAUUCUGUUUGUAAACUCCUUGGGUUCAUAUAAGAACCAGGUGGGGCUGCAAUCUGUUUACUUUUCUAAGAAUGCUAACUAGUUUACUUUUCUAAGAAUGCUAACUAGUGCCCAUUCAAAAAAGAGAUCUUAAAGUUUAUUUAAUUUUCUCUCCAGAUAAUUAAGCAGUGGAUGGUUUGGGGCACAUGAUCUGCUGAAUGCCUGUGUAGUCCACAGGAAUUUUAAAAAGGGAAUAUUUACCAGUUUUGGCCUUUAUGGUAUUAGUGGACUUCUAAGUGUUCUUUUAUAUUCCAGUAAUUUAAAAGCUUUCUGUAUUUCAUCUUUGGGCAAGCUGGACAUUUGGAAUCUAAUUUAUGCAGUCAGAUGUCCAGGUGUUAUCCUACCCUGUUAGUGAGAACUUUUUGGUCUUUUUCCUACCUUAAAUGUUAGGACUUCAUAUUAGAUCUUUUAAAAGAUACAUUGAUAGUACUGUUAUGGUUUUACUGUCAAAUCUAGGCUUCAUUCUUUAAUAAAAUAAAUGUGAAUGAAUAUAAGUUUCAGGAUGUAAUAUCCCUGAAAGCUAUGGUUAAUAUACUCAAAAGUAGUAUUAUAGUCCCUAGGAAUGAUACUAUUUUUGGCAAAAGAGCCUUUUCCUAGAUUUUUCCCAUGGCAUUAAGAUUAAGAUAGUUUUCUCUUAGUUUCUUUGAUGCCAGUGGUAGGAUUUGAUUGCAGGAAGUUCUUAUCAUCUACAGUGGGUAGAAUGUGAACUUGUUGACUUUGGCAAGUUUUCAUUUUUCCUUGGUGGAUUCCUUCUGUGACUCCAGGUAUCUUGAUAAUGGGAGACCGGUUUAUUUGUUCUCUAAUUGCCCAGAUUUCUUUCAACUGGUAAAACAUCAUACUUCUUCAGCAAAAGGAAUUCUUCUAGCAGAGCCUUCAUGGAUGAUAUCUCUCACACAUGCCAGCACCUGCAGUUUGGAAGGCAGUGGUGAAUGGAUCCAUGCAAUAUGUCUAGAAGACACAAGGAUGAGCGAGCCACCUGAUCUUGUCAUUUAUAAACUUUAAGAUUUACUCUGGUUUACUCUUGGUCUGAAAAUGGAAAGGCUCAAAUAAUGAAAUAAUCUUUUCAGAUUGGAAUUUUACAUGGCCAUGAAAAUAUUCCUUUCUAUUCAGAAGACUGAAAUAGAGGAAGCUUGAGAGACUCCUUUCUUUUAAAAGCAGCUCUCUGUAUCUAUUUCACUUAAAAAGAUUUGUGAGAUUGAAAAUCGCCUUAAUGAAGUAGGCAGACUUUUUUUAAAUCUGUAGUAGUAUAGGAAGUCCAAAACACUUAAUGAAAUAGGUUUUUGUUGCCUGACACUGAAAGGAACUAGUAAAUAAAGGGUGAAAUAAUUCCAGAAUUACUUUUAAUAUUACUAUAUACUGUUUUAGCUCAUCUUUGCUUGUCUUUAGGCUUAUUAUUUGUCAAAUCAAUCAAUGCUAGUAGAGAAGUACAAGAGACAUCUUUUGAGAUCAAAGUAGCUUUGUCUUCUAAAGUAAUAAAUAGUAAACUUGAAGUAUUUUCUGCACUUAAGGCAUACUAAAAUUUGAAUGAUACUGUCACAAAGUAGUUUAUAGAGCAAAGGCAGUUAGUAUUAGAGUAAUCCUGUAAGUGUGAAUAAGUAUUGCAGAAUAGUUAUCCAAGCUAUUGAUAGAAGUAGUUAUCAAAAUGUUUCGAUUUCUCUCUCUAGUAUCUAUUAACUGGUCAGUCAAAAGCUAUUAAAGAAAAAUUUUAAAGUCAUCUGAUGCUGCCAGUUUGUUUCCUUUGGUAUAAAUUUUAAGAAUUGAAAUUAUAGAUUUAUUGUUAUGGAAACAACUAAAAUGUUUUAGGAAUCUCAGAGAUUUUAGAAGCCACAUUUGCUAGAAUGGCCUUUUAGUCUCUCUUGGCUAUCUAUGAAUACUGUUUUUUUCCUCAUUAAUUAUAAAUAAAUUCUUGUUAGUACUUAAGUAAGUUUAAAAGAUCAAUUUGAACUGAAAUUUCCCCAGAGAGCUCUGAAUUCCAAAAAAUUAUACAGCUUUUUAUUCCUGACUUGUUUUUAUUAAAUGUUAAUAAGACAGUUGGUUUAUAAAUACAUAUAAAUUAAAAAACAACUACUCAACAUUGUAGAAAGAACUCAGGGAACUGAAAGUGAAAUUUGCUUAGAAAUUAAGUUAGUUGAGUUCUUUGACUCAUAGCACAAACCAGUUUAUGGCCUGUGAGAUUAUUAGCUUUUUGUUUCAGCUUUGAAGAUGAAAAGUGAUUUAAUCUCUUAAUCUCAUGCCUUGAUUAAAUUUUAGCUCUGUUCCUUAAAGUGUACAAAAGAAAUGUAAGUGCAUUUCUAUUCAUCUCAUGCCACUAAACACUAUUUAAGUGAAACUUUUUGUAUAUUAAUGUGAACUGAUUUGUUUAUUUAAAGUUUUAUUUUGAUGCAUUUUCCGUUCAGAGUUUUUUUUAUAUUUCUUGUCAUAAUAUGCAGUCCUAUAUUUUUCAGUGUUUAUUUUAUGAAUAUUAAUAUAAUUAUUUUUUUCUAGAAUGACUAAUUGUAUAAUAUUGUAUUAUGUGAUCAAUUGAAAACUAAUAAAUAUUUUCUCCAUGAAAAAAUGCACUUACUGAAAAAUGGCUUAUUUCUGUUUCAGGAGUAGAAAGUGAAAACUGCAACCGUAUUUUAAAGUGUAUUUUAAUUUUAUAUGUCUUCCUCUGAGUCCUUAUAAAUAUAUAUUCUAUUCUCUAUAAUUUUUUUGAGAAAAAAUACUUUCUUUAAACUGUUAAAAUGAUUCUUCAUGGGGUCCCUAGUGAAUGUAUGAAAUAGGAGAUCUAUUAGUUUGUUUUUGCAUUUUCCUGAUUAGCGUUAUCUUAGCUUUGUUUUCAGAAUUAGAUCUUUUUAGAUGUAAUUUUUGUAUGUCAGUUUUGCAAGCCAUUAAAACUCUCUUGACUUAAUAUUGUAAAUGUCAGGAGUAAUUUGGUCAAAUCUUUUAAAGUUAGAUUGAUCAAAAUAUAAGCUCUUACAGUUCCUUUACCCAGAAAAAGAACAUUUGAAAAUAAUGGCUGAUUGGAGAACUCUACCUUGUUCACGAGAACUGUUAACAAGAGAAGAAAAAGGUUUUGUAUUUUGGUGUUCUGCUUGUAACUGUAGGAGAAACCUUGACUUCAGAGUCUCUUAAGACUUUUAACCUUAUCAAGACAGCAUGGAAAAGAGUAAAAUUUAGUUUUAAUGAUUCCUGUCUUUACAGCUACAUAAACUUACUAAAUUGAAGCAACAGGAGAAAUUUGCCUUUUCUAUGCAGGACCUGCUAGAAGCAAGAGGAUUCCUUAUGAAUUUGAAGAAAAGUUAUAUAAGAACUGGACUCCAAAAAUUAAAAAUAAACAUUAAGAUGGGGUCCUAGGACAGAAGUAAAAAUUGAAUUAAUGACAACCUGUGGGUUAAAAUGAAAUAAUUUGGUUCUACAAAGAAAUUAUACUCUGAAAAAAUAAGAAUUAUAAAAGGAAGUUAUAAUUUAGAAUAGCUAUUACAUUGGUAGUGGAGAAAAGGAAGCUGAAAUUCUUGGCUUUAUUAACAUGGUAAGUUUGGAAAAAAAUUAGUAAAGGGUCUGUGAACAAAAUUUUGGUUUUAGUAUUAAAGCUAUUAAAAGCAUAUUUCAUUGGAAGGCUGUAUUUUACUUGAGUGUCAACUUAAAAGCUAUUUUUGUAUGUAUAUAGAAGUGUGGGGUUGGGGGUUAAAAAAUAUCCAGGACUGGAAAUUUGAAAAAUACUGCAAGAAUAAUGGUGAAAUGAAUUUUAAAUUGGUAGUUUUUUUAAACAUGAACUCUUCCUUACAUCACCAAUAGCCUUCAAAAUAAAAAUGUUACGGAAUGAUGAGCUUGGCUUACCAUUUUAUCUUUGAGGUAUAAGAACAUAGGCUUAUGGUUUCACCAGCAUUGAUUACAUUAACUAUAGUAUAAAUGUCUGUUUUGAUUGUUUUUUAGUGAGGAAACAAAGGGCUUUUUGGGUAGCUUCUGUUUUAAAAAAGUAAAUAUCACAAUCAGUGUGACUGCAAAGUACUGACUUUACAGCCUAUUGUAAAUAUGUACACAGGUCUUAUUUUCCUUUACUUUAUUAAAACAGUUGAGCAAAACAUCAGUGCUUAGAUGUCCUAAACAAUUUCUUUAUUUUUAUUCAGGUAUUUUUGUUUCCCAUUUUAAAAGAUUUUAUAUUAAUUUAAUUCUAAAAUGGUAAAAGAUUCAUGUUUGAAAAAUAAGCACAUAGGUGCUCUGGGGAUUUUUUCCUGACAGCGUGUACAUCGAAGGUAAUUAGAUCACUGCAGUAAAAAUGUUAGGGAACUUUGAAGUAUGCAUCGGAGUUUUCAGGAAUUAUGAACAAAGGGAUCUCUGCUCAAGAGGUAAGGUAUGGCAUAGGUAGAAAAAAGUUCAAAAUAUGUUCGCUGUAAUGAUAAAGUAAACUACAACAGAUACCCUUGGGUUUUCAGAUGGAUGUAGUAUUAGGAAAACAAUAUUUCUUCAAACUCUCCCAGAGGAGAGAAAUUGAUAAACCACAAAUUUGUUUUCAUAUGGCUUUGAAGUUCAUUUAGAAACAUAUUCACAAACAUUCUACCCUUGGUGUAUGUAGCCUCUGAUAUUCUGAGUUAUCCCCUACCCUUGCUCUUUUAGUGUUUAUGAUCCAUAUUUAACUUAGUAUUUCUCAAACCUAA